UGCCCUUUCUCCUAAGAGAUCCAGGGAGGGCUGAACCCAGGUGGCUAGUCAGCAGCAGAAGCUAUACGCCACUUUCCUCUCCUGGAAGAAGCAGCUUACAUUAUGGGUCGGCUUGAUGGUAAAGUCAUUGUGUUGACUGCAGCAGCUCAAGGGAUUGGCUGGGCAGCUGCUUUGGCUUUUGCAAAGGAAGGUGCCAAGGUCAUAGCCACUGAUAUCAGUGAGGCCCGACUGCGAGAACUGGAGGACUGUCUAGGAAUUCAGACUCGGAUACUGGAUGUGACCAAGAAGGAGCAGAUUGAGGAGUUCUCCAAGGAAGUUGAAAGCCUUGAUGUCCUCUUCAACGUUGCUGGGUUCGUCCAUCAUGGGACUAUCCUGGAGUGUGAAGAGAAAGAUUGGGAUUUCAGCAUGAAUCCCAAUGUUCGCAGCAUGUACCUCAUGAUUAAGGUGUUCCUUCCCAAAAUGCUUGCUCAGAAAUCUGGCAACAUUAUCAACAUGUCUUCUGUGGCUUCCAGCAUCAAAGGGGUGGUAAACAGAUGUGUAUACAGCACCUCCAAAGCAGCUGUGAUUGGACUGACCAAAUCUGUGGCAGCAGACUUCAUCCAUCAAGGCAUCAGAUGCAACUGCAUUUGUCCCGGGACGGUGGAUACCCCAUCUCUGCGGGAUAGAAUCCAAGCCAGGCCCGACCCGGAGCAGGCCCUGAGCGACUUCGUAGCCAGACAGAAGACUGGAAGAAUGGCCACUGCUGAAGAGGUAGCUCUUCUCUGCGUGUAUCUGGCCUCUGAUGAGGCUGCUUAUGUGACUGGCAAUGAAAUGAUCAUUGAUGGAGGCUGGAGUCUGUGAUGCCAGAUCCUCCUUGGAGGCAGGACAGACUGGCACUUUCUUGCCCACAGUGAGGAUGGAAAUGGAUGGAAACAAAACCAUCAUCGCAGUAACACUAGCUGAGCUGUUGUUUUUUUUCUGAAACGCUUAGACUUAUUCAAAUUAUCAAGAAGUCUCUGAUGAAAUUAGUACAGCUAUUUUCCAAGUGUUUUGGACUAUGAUUUCUUUCCUGUUCCUAUACUGCACAUUUUCAACUCUCUUUGAAAUAAAAUAAAAUAAAACUC